AUGAAUAAAACUGUUGCAAAGCCACUACUACCCAGCAUUGUGACCUAUGUUCUGUGUUUGCACAGUUGUCUCGUUGAAUAUCUACAAUUUUGUUUUCGCCAAAAAGAUGAGGUAUAUAAGAGUGGUGGCAAGGUCAUCAGCUUGUCAGUUAACACCACGAUGCUUUGGCGCUGGGAAUACGUUAUCUUGCUUAUAGUGCUUGGAUCGCAGCUCGGCGAGACGGCCGUCAAAAGGAAUAACAACAACAGGAGUAGCAAAAACAAACUGCGAAACAAAAGUAUUGUAAAGAAGCCAGCCAAAAUCCAGUCCCGCAUUGUGGGAGGCAGUACCACAUCAGUGAGUAAAACUCCAUAUCUGGUGCAAGUGCGUCGCGGUUCGGAGCUCUGCGGUGGUUCCAUAAUUGCCGAUCGUUGGAUUCUCACCGCUGCCCAUUGUGUUAAGGGUCACAGUCCCUCCCAGUUUCAAGUGCGCGGUGGCACCAACACUCUAACUGGCAGCGAUGGUGUGACACGUUCGGUCAUUUUUAUUGCCGUGGCACCCAAGUUCACGACCAAGUCCAUGAAUAUGGAUGCAGCCCUAUUGAAAUUGAAUCAAUCGAUGAAUGGAACAAAUAUUGCCACAAUUGCCAUGGCCAAGAGUGCACCCAAAGCGGGAUCGACGGUGCGCAUUGUGGGCUGGGGUUUGACCCGCGAAGGUGGCAGCACAUCCAAUCAAAUGCGUUCAGCUCAGAUUAAGGUUGUCGGUAAGACCCGUUGUCGCAAGGAUUACCGUAGUUUGGCCACCAUAACAAAUUAUAUGUUCUGUGCCCGGGGCAAGAAUAAGGAUUCUUGCAGUGGCGAUUCGGGCGGUGCGUGCACCCUCAACAACAAACUAGUGGGCAUUGUCUCAUUCGGUUAUGGUUGCGGGCGAGCUGGUUAUCCCGGGGUCUAUACCACAGUAUCGACCAUAUAUAAAUGGGCCAACAGUGUUAUGGCCAAUAACUCAUAA